AUGAAGACUUUUAGCGAUGUCCCCUUUGACGGACGCUUCGUGGUAUCGAAUCCUGGGCCGCAGUGGAUGGAGGUGGUGGCCAACGAGAACCGCACCUUUGGAGACAUGAUUGUGCUGGAUACCAUUGCCGAGGACGACAUCACCGCCAACACUAUCAAGACACUCGAGUUCUACAAGUGGCUCGCCGACCACAAUGUCCAGUACGAAUUUGUCUCGAAGAUGGACACCGACUUGUGGCUCAAUGCACGAGGGUUCUGGGACCGUUUCCUAUCACCGAGACUUUCGACCGACAGCGCCACUGGGCUCAUAAAGAGUACGGUCCAGAAGACUGUUAUCGGAGAGCUCUACUACUCAAAGUAUUGGGACCUCGUCUUCCCGCACGGUGCCAUGUAUACCGUCACGUGGGAUAUGGUCGAGUUGCUAGCGGACCUUCAGAACAAGCACCACGUGGUGACGGGCGAAGACAUGGCCAUAGCGACUCUCAUGCUCAAGGGGCACGAGAAGGCCAACUUUGUAAACUUCAGAGGCUCAGAAAAGUUCGAUUACGACGACAAAGACGCGCGGCACGACGGUACGGCGUGGGCUAGGAAGAAGACGCAUCCGGAUGCCAUCCAGCACGCGCUGGUUGGUGACGAGGCCAUUGCCGUUCAUCAACUCAAAGAUGAGAGCUUGUGGUUCAAGGUGGCGGACUGCUUCGAUGAGCAAGGAAUCAAGGACGCGCCAACGGCAUACCACUCCGGACCGGAGACGCAGCGGCCCAUGUCGAUGAAGUGGGAUGACUUUUGGUUCUGGAUGGGAGUAUCGGACCGGUACGACGCUAGAUUCGACAGGAUACCAGACUUUUUGUGGUCGAGAGAAGAUGGGCAUUGGAUAUGUGAUGGCAUAUGGGACUUGGGAGAGACAAAGACGGGGUAUGCGGAAAAGAAAGCACCUCAUAAUGAGAUGCAACAAUUAGAUUUGUCUUAA